GUUGCCUCCAUCCGUCUCUAUUUUCGCUACUCCUUCUGCUCUGAGGGCGUUUGGAACGUAUUUGUUUAGCCACAUUUUGCAUACUCAAGUUGACAAAAUGAAGCAAAAUAGUAACGUACCAGCGUUUUUGACGAAGCUAUGGACUCUCGUCGAGGAUCCUGAUACCAAUGAAUUUAUCUGCUGGAGCCAGGAGGGCAGCAGUUUUCUUGUGUUGGAUGAACAGAGAUUUGCAAAGGAAAUACUCCCGAAGUUCUUCAAACACAACAACAUGGCCAGUUUUGUAAGGCAGCUAAACAUGUAUGGAUUCCGCAAAGUGAUGCACAUUGAUACGGGCAUAGUGAAGCAGGAGCGGGACGGCCCCGUCGAAUUUCAGCAUCCUUUCUUCAAGCAUGGCCAAGAUGACUUACUGGAACACAUCAAGAGAAAGGUUUCUGUCUCCAGGCCUGAGGAGAGCAAAAUCAGACAAGAUGAUCUGUCGAAGAUCUUGUCCAGCGUCCAGAAUAUUCACGGCCAGCAGGAGAAUAUGGACUCCCGACUUGCAACGCUGAAAAGGGAGAAUGAAGCUCUGUGGAGAGAGAUAGCCGACCUGCGUCAAAAGCACAACCAGCAGCAGCAAGUUAUAAAGAAGCUGAUACAGUUUAUUGUCACUCUGGUUCAGAACAACCAUGUCCUGAGUUUAAAGCGAAAAAGACCAUUGCUGCUGAACAGCAAUGGGAAGAAAUCCAAAUUCAUCCAGCCAAUUUUCGAUGAGCCUGUCGACCACAACAAGACCCAUGUCAAUGGGUUAAAGAAUCAUUCUGACAUUACUGAUGAUGUCAUCAUCUGCGAUUUAACCGUUGAGGAUUCUGAGGUCACAGAGGAAAUUUCACGAUCUUUUGAUCAAAGGGACGUGGAAAUAGUGGAGGUGCAAGGAGAUGGUGAUGCCGCCAUACUGGUGGAGAGCGCAGUGGACAAGGAAGCAGAAAACUCCCCGGAGACCAUGUGCGAAUACACAGCCAGGAGCUCCACCGAGUUGCCCGAGAGCAGCGGCGCACUGCAGGUCAACUUGCCGUCGAUACUGAGCUUCGAAGACCCAGUCAAAAUGAUGGACUCCAUCCUCAACGAGAGCGGAACCAUCUCGCAGAACCUGAACCUCCUGGGAAAGGUUGAGCUGAUGGACUACCUGGACAGCAUUGAUUGCAGCUUGGAGGAUUUCCAGGCCUUGUUGUAUGGCAAGCAGUUCAGCAUUGACACAGACGUCGUAGGGGUAUGUUUGUGCCGCAUUCGAGAUGUGCUGCUUUGCCGCCUCUCUUUUUGAGUAGGAGAAUGAGCACUACUUACUAUUAUACAGUAUCAGCAAAGUUUCACCUUGUUUCUUCCUAAGCAUUCGAGUAAUGUUCUACAAAU